GGCACAGCCCGGACCGCGAGCGUGCCGCAGCGGUGGGGCCGUAGACAGGAUGCGGCUGGGCCGAAGGGCCCUUUGCGGGCUGGUCCUCCUGCUCGCCUGCACCUCGCUGGGGCUCCUGUAUGUGAGAACCCGAGAGGCGUCGGGCCCCAGGACUCCACCUUCACUGUGGGCACCCCUGCAAGGCCCCGCAAGGCCCCAGCUGCUGGAUCUUGCCCCAGAACCCCGAUACGCACACAUACAGGUCAGGAUCAAAGAGCAAGUGGUGAGGCUGUUGGCUCAGAACAAUUGCAGUUGUGAGUCCAGUGGGGGAGGCUUUACUCUACCCUUCCAGAGGCAAGUCCGAGCCACUGACUUCACCAAGGCCUUUGACCCUCAGGAGCUGAAGGCUGUCUCUGCCAGCAGGGAGCAGGAGUUCCAGGCCUUCUUGUCAAGGAGCCAGUCCACUGCUGACCAGCUGCUUAUAGCCCCUGCCAAUUCCCCUCUACAGUACCCGCUGCAGGGUGUGGAGGUUCAGCCCCUCAGGAGCAUCUUGGUGCCAGGGCUCAGUCUGCAGGCAGCUUCCAGUCAGGACCUCUACCAGGUGAACCUUACUGCCUCCCUGGGCAUCUGGGAUGUGGCAGGGGAAGUGGCAGGAGUGACUCUCAUUGGAGAGGGACAGCCAGAUCUCACAAUCACCAGCCCAGGGCUGGACCAGCUCAACCGGCAGCUGCAGCUGAUCACUUACAGCAGUCGAAGCUACCACAUCAACACAGCUGACACAGUCCGGUUCUCCACUGAGGGACAUGAGGCUGCCUUCACCAUCCGAAUUAGACACCCUCCCAACCCAAGGUUGUACCCACCUGGAGCUCUACCCCAGGGAGCCCAGUACAACAUCAGCGCCCUGGUCACCAUCGCCACCAAGACCUUCCUGCGUUAUGAUCGGCUCCGGACUCUCAUCACCAGCAUCCGCCGUUUCUACCCAACAGUCACUGUGGUCAUUGCUGACGACAGUGAGAAGCCAGAGCGUGUCAGUGGCCCACACAUAGAGCACUAUCUCAUGCCCUUUGGCAAGGGCUGGUUUGCAGGCCGGAACUUGGCCGUGUCCCAAGUGACCACCAAGUACGUACUAUGGGUGGACGACGACUUUGUUUUCACCGCGCGGACGCGACUGGAGAAGCUUGUGGAUGUGCUGGAGAGGACCCCACUGGAUCUGGUGGGGGGCGCGGUGCGCGAGAUCUCAGGCUUCUCCACCACCUACCGGCAGCUGCUGAGCGUGGAGCCCGGAGCGCCAGGCCAAGGCAACUGCUUGCGGCAGAAGCGUGGCUUCCACCACGAGCUUGUUGGAUUCUCGGACUGUGUGGUCACAGACGGAGUGGUCAACUUCUUCUUGGCGCGAACGGACAAGGUGCGCGAGGUCGGCUUUGACCCGCGCCUCAGCCGAGUUGCCCACCUGGAGUUCUUCCUGGAUGGGCUUGGUUCCCUUCGAGUGGGCUCCUGCUCAGAUGUCGUUGUGGAUCAUGCAUCCAAAGUGAAGCUUCCUUGGGUGUCACGGGACGCCAGGGCAGAGACUUAUGCCCACUACCGUUACCCGGGCUCACUGGACGAAAGUCACAUGACCAAACACCGCCUACUCUUCUUCAAACACCGGCUGCAGUGCAUGACUGCGGACUGA